CCGAGGGGCCGGGCGCGGCUGCGGCCGCAGCGCUUGCAACGAGCAGCGGAGACAGCACGGGACACGGCAGCGGCGGCGACUCCUGGCGACUCCUGGCCGGGGGCGGGGCGGCGGCAGAUCCCUUUCCGGCUCGCCCCGGCGCUUCCACCUGUUCCGAGACGGGGUUUUCUGGGCGAAACCAAAAAGCCGUAGGCCCUUGGUGCGGCCGCGGGCCGUGCGCUCCCCUCCCUCGGCGCCUGCCGACCGCUGAGGGCUCGUGCGUCUGAGGGCUGGUGUUGCUUAAAUGAAAAACUAUCUGUGUGGAACAACUGCAGCUAUUUUAAUAUCAGGGAGGACCCUGUCUGAGAAUUCAGCUUCCCAUCCCCCUUGCAUUAGGCCUGGCCAUGCGGAUAUAUGAAUAUAUUGGACUAGAAGAGAUGGAGUCUUUCCUCUUGGAUGACAUCGGCUCGGUGACACAGAACAAGGGCAUUGAGAGAAUCGUCUCCCCAAUGAUUCAGCUUUGCCAUCUGCUCAUCUCAAUGGAGAGGAAAGGUGCCUCUUUGGAGAAAAUGGCAGAGGAAUUGGCUGGAGCUAGUGAAGACUUUGGACACUGUCUGGGCAGGCUGGCUGGAGACUCUGAGGAGGAGUGGCUCAGGGAGGAGAUGGAGCCUGCUGCCCAGUCUCUGAUCCUGUCUGGAAGCAACAUCAUGUUGGUGGCUCAGAAGCUCCAUCUUCAACCAGAAAGUCAGUGCCACCGGGAGGAGCUAGUGACCAUAGCUCAGCAGAUCCUGGUGAACACCAAACGGGUCCUGCUCCUGGAAGACGCGGCGACGGCGAGGAAGACUGUGCGGGCGGCCGGCUGGUGCCUGACCUGCCUGCACGCGGCCCCUUCGCCGACCUGGCGGCGGCGCUGCUGCACCUGGGCGGCCACCUCCGGCAUCCCUCCUGCGGCGGCCGGCACGCGGCACGGCGCGCUCACCCGGCACUUGCGGCGGCUCCGCCUUCCCCGGCACUUGCGGCAGCUCCGCCUUCCUCGGCACGGCGCGCUCACCCGGCACUUGCGGCAGCUCCGCCUUCCUCGGCACUUGCGGCAGCUCCGCCUUCCUCGGCACGGCGCGCUCACCCGGCACUUGCGGCGGCUCCGCCUUCCUCGGCACUUGCGGCAGCUCCGCCUUCCUCCGCACGGCGCGCUCACCCGGCACUUGCGGCGGCUCCGCCUUCCUCGGCACUUGCGGCAGCUCCGCCUUCCUCGGCACGGCGCGCUCACCCGGCACUUGCGGCAGCUCCGCCUUCCUCGGCACAGCGCGCUCACCCGGCACUUGCGGCAGCUCCGCCCGGGCCCGAGCACCUGCGCGGCGGCCGCGAUCCUGCACUGCGUGCGCCUGGCCGCCUGCUCCGCGCCGCGCCCCGAGAGGCUGCGCCUAGUGACCCGCUGGAGCGCCGCGACCGAGGCCCUCUCCCAAGGAGUCCGCACCGGGCUGAUACGCCAGAUCCUGGACACAUUCACGGACACUCAAAGUCCUCUACAAAGGCUGGUCCAAGCCGCCUUGGCGACUCCCCUUGGAAGAUCCUCGUGGGGUAGCCAGGCCUUGCCGAAGAGCCUCCAGCUUUUCCUGGCUGAUUUCUGUGACCACGCCGAGCAGAUGCUCAGAGUGGCUCACUUGGUCUUGGUUGGUUGCCCCCGACAACAAACUGGCAGAGACGUGGAGGCCGCCCUGGCAGGCCUUUGGGGGCUUGAGGUCAGAGUGCAACAGCUUUUCUCGCAAAGCCCCCAAGAGUCUGGUCUGGACUGGAGCCCCACCGCCCUGCAGGCCCUGCUUAAGGCCUGGGCCAGGGCAUCUGAAUGCCUGUUGGCAUGUUUUGAUGAUGUUCUCAGUAUUCCUGAGUUCCUGAGCAUGUCCAUCCAGGAAAUGACCAAGCACUUGGACUUCUUUACAUGGGCUUUGAGGGAUGGAAAUUCCAGGGAGUUUUUUGGACAUGUGGCAUAUUUACAGGGUCGAGCCACACACCUAGUGCAGGUAAUGAAGAGGUUUGUGGCCCAAGAUCGAGAUCCCAUUUUCCAGAAUGGCCUGAGAGUCUUGAUCCAGCAGCUGGAACAGUCUUCUCAGGUCUUGGGUGCAGCCACUGAACACUGUUCAAUUGGGUAUGGCUCUCGGGACAUUGAUACAUUUUUAACGAUGGCAAAACAUCUGAUCUACUCAGCUCACAGCAUCCAAGAGUGGCUGGAUGGGACUAACCAUCCAGAUAUACUCAGCCCCCUUCGAGACCAAGUCCAAAGGUUUGACAUUGCUAAGGGACAGCCUUAUUUCAUUCUCCCCAGCCUCCAGAAUUCCACAGCUCCUGAGUUAAAAUAUCAGAGAGUGCCUGGAUGGGGAAAUGACCCAAGUACCUCCUGUUCACCAAUAGACUAUCCUUCCCACCCCUUGGUUCCCAACAGCAAUCCACAGAGGAAGGGCUCUCCAUUCAACCUUGCUGUAGAGAGCCAUGACCACCAGGCAGUGAUCUCGGCUUGCACCAAUGUGCUGGGACAGGAUGUAACUGUGGGUGCAGCUCAAGAGGACCUGGCUGCGGAGGGAGCACUGGGGUCAGAGAGGAUGACGGGAUGCCAAGAAAUCUCAACACUGGCACCUUCUAUUAUUGACCUGCCAAGGGAGAUAGCACAAUGUACAACUGCUAGAACAGAUGGGCGUCUGUAAGUGGCUCUCCAGCUGUCGGGGAGUACCAGGGAAACCAGGCAGGGUUUGGUAGCCAUGGCUGGUGACUGGUACCUUUUGUGUCAACAACUAUUUUGCUGUAACCCAACAGCUGAUCUGCCAGGGAACAUGACAGUGUUCAUGGAGCUUCAGCAGAAUUUAGCCUCAAUGGUUCAACUAGCAGCUGAAAGUGGGCACACGGAUUUGGAUAAGAAGAAUCCUGACUCCACUGGGCAUCCAGAAACACUUUUACAAAUGCAAAGCAGAUUGGAAGAGGUGGAGACCCGUGCUAAACAGCUGUUGGACAAGGUUCUGGCCUCUGAUGGGCUUCAAGCCCUCAGAUCAUGGGAAGAGAGCAUUGAAGAUGAAUGCCUUCUGUGGUCAGUGGCUGUCCAAGACCUAGUCCAGUACAUGGAGAUGCUCAAUGGGAGACAAGGCCUGUUCCUGCUUCUCUUGAGACAGGCAGUGAAGGACCAGCAGGGGCUGCAGGAAGGGUUGGAUCAGACAGCAGAUGUUUCUCAGAGGCUACAAGAGGCUGCCAGGCUGUCUGGCCUGCUGUGUGGUGAUGAGCAGGUAAAGGGUGAGGUCUCCUUUCCACACAGGGAAGUUCACGUGCUCACAGAUGCUCUGCUGGAUGUGGCACAGAUCCUGGCCUCCUCCCCCAAACCAUCUCCCAGCCUGUCUACACACUUUGAACUUCUCUACUUGGAGCUCACCCUUCGUGCCAAGGUCCUGACUGGCCACCUCAGCAGCAUCAAUGCAGACUAUGAAUGUGCCCUCCAAGAUGCUGUCUGCCCAAGGCUCUCUGUCUGCAAGGAUCCCCAGACUGGCCCAGAAAGCUCCCUGGAAAUAAUGGUGUCUGGUAUCCAAACUGUUUGGGGAAUCAUGGCAGGAAGUCAAGAGUCCGGAACCUGCCAGGAUGACCUUCUUAUGGCUCUUAAGAGCAUUCUUGUCCUCACUAAGGAGGUGGCCCAGAGAGUCCCUGUGCUCUGAGACACUCAGUGGGAGUGGGCAGCCAAGGCCCACUCUGCCAUGGCCCAGCUCCAAGCCUGGAAAGGUGGUCACACCAAGACCUGGAGACUCCUGGCCCAGUGCUUAAAACCUGGGGAGGAGCCAGCAAGAGCCCCAGAACAGGACCCUAUCCAGCCCCAGCUCCACAGCAAGGAGGGUGCAGCAGGAGCUGCUGUGGUGGGCAGUGUGGAUUCUCAGGGCCCCAGAAGUAUUCCAGAUAGUUCACUGGGGACCUGCACUGCUGAGCCAGCCAUCAUCGGGUCAACCACAGCGGACCUGGGCAUGCAGCAGAGUGACACCUCUGGCUCCCGCAUCUGUCCGGCCAGGCUGCACUCUGAGCUGGGCCAGCCUCUUCCGGAGGAUGGCAGCGUGAACAGUGAGAACAGAAUCACCCAGGUCACUCAAGAGAUGGCCAAGGAGGUGCUCCUGAUGGCUCCGAGUCUGAGGAGGAGAGGAUGCAUUCUGACCAAAGAUCAACUCAUUAUCUCUGCUAGGAAAAUUGCGACUUCUGGACAAAACUUUGCCAAACUUAUCUGCAUCAUUGCUAAGAACUGCAUAGAUCAAAGAUGUUCUUGGGAGCUUUUGAGCGUGGUAGAACAGAUUCAAACAAUGAGCAGCCAGGUAAGCAGGUUAAGCAGUGUAAAGGCCUCCCUAGCAAGAAGCAAUUCCUCUGAAGAGCUCCUAGUAGAAAAUGCACAGCAGCUCCUCCGGGUUGUCUUCAAGACUGUUAAGAGCUUGUUGGCAGCGUGCACCUGUGGUUUGAGACAACCUUCCUCAGACCCAGAGGAAUUGGAAGUUGCUGCCUUCUGCAUGCAGUGGAGGAGAAAACUACUAAGGCACAGACUUCAAGAAACCACAGACGGGAACUGUGAUGAGCUGGGCCUGCAAAAAUCAAACACUAACCCCCCCCCAACUCUUGCUGCCUUGCUUCAGGAAGCGUUAUAA